UCCAACAUGGUGGACCGUGAAACGCAUACAAGAUAUGACCAGAUGAAUAUUUUUCACUGAACAGUGAUGUUGAAACUUGGGGAGUUGUUAAGAAGGAGGCACGAAGUAACAGAAUAUGUGUGUUAAAGAACUGUUUAAUCCACAGCAGAAUACCAAAGAUCAAAUGGGAUAAGGCAGUUGCAAUUGCAAAUUACAAUUUGGUGUGGGAGGGAAUUGAUGCGUGCUGACCAUGCCCAGACUGUCCAGAUCACUGGACUCCAUGAGCUCCUUGGACCUAUCCUCUGCUUCUGGGAGAACCAAAGAAUCUUUUCAGGGGAGCCGUCCAUCCUUGGAAUAUGAAGCUCAGAAGUCGUGGAUUGAGAAGGUGUUUUUCAAGAGGGAAUGCAUUUGCUUUGUCAGAAGUCAAAAAGAUCCCAACAGAUGUGGAUGUGGGCGUGCCAAGAAAAAUCACACCGUCACCUCAGAUAUCUCUCUGCCACUGCCAGAUUCAUCUGUGCGUUGGGACCCUUGGAAACACACACAGUUGUUACCCACAGAUGCAUUUGGCACCUUGGAAUUCCAAGGCGGGCCACAUCCUACCAAAGCCCAGUAUGUACGAAUGUCCCAUGAAACCCAGCCAGAGGUUUUACUCCACCUCCUCACCAAGCACUGGGGUCUGGAGCUCCCAAAGCUCCUCAUCUCAGUCCAUGGGGGCAUAGUGAACUUUGACCUCCAGCCCAAGCUGAAGAGGGUAUUCAGAAAAGGUCUUCUCAAGGCGGCCAAUACCACAGGUGCUUGGAUUGUCACAGGGGGAACCAAUACUGGUGUAACGAGACAUGUUGGAGAAGGAAUAGGAGAACAGUCAUUAAAAACAAGGAAUAACAUUGUAACUAUUGGUAUAGCACCCUGGGGAAUCGUCCACAACCGACAAGAGUUGAUAGGAAAAGAUGUUGUCCGUCCAUAUCACGCUAUAGCUCCAUCACACAGCCACUAUGCUGUGCUGAACCAGUAUCAUUCGUAUUUCUUUCUGGUGGAUAAUGGGACAGUCGGGAAGUAUGGAGCAGAAAUACAGCUGAGGAAGAAACUUGAGAAAGUCAUCUCACUGCAGAAGAUCACUAGUGCUGGUGGCAUAGUGAAGGGCCAUGGGGUUCCUCUGGUUUCUCUGAUUCUUGAAGGAGGUACAAACACUAUUCGGACAGUACUGGACUGUGUGACAGAUGACCCUCCAAUCCCUGUGGUCAUAUGUGACGGGAGUGGGAGGGCAGCAGACAUCCUGGCAUUCACUCAUAAAUAUGCAAAUGAGGAUGGUACUAUGCCUGAAGCUGUGAAGAGCCAGCUUAUUCUUACAAUAGAGAAAACUUUCCAAUACAACAAGGAGGAAUCUGAGAAACUUUACAUGGAAUUAAUGUUAGCAGUGAAUAAGAAAGAAUUGAUCACAGUAUUCAGAAUGGGAGAAGGAGAAAAUACAGACAUCGAUCUGGCCAUAUUGACUGCACUGCUGAAAGGUCAGAAUGCCAGUGCCCCAGACCAACUGAGUUUAGCACUAACCUGGAACAGGGUGGACAUUGCCAAAAAACACAUCUUUGUGUAUGGACGGGAAUGGCCGGAAGGAGCACUUGAACAUGCCAUGAUGGAUGCCCUGACCAAUGAUAGAGUAGACUUUGUAAAGUUGUUGCUCCAGAAUGGAGUCAGUAUGCAGAAGUUUCUUACAAUACCCAGGCUGGAGGAACUUUAUAAUAUUAAGCAAGCCACACCAACUUCUGUUCCAUUUAGGACUUUUAAUGUCUUAAAAAAGAAACACCCCGAGCAUGCCCACUACACACUCCUGGAAGUUGGCCAGGUAAUAGACUACCUGAUGGGAGGGGCGUACCGAGCCUCAUACUGCAGGAAGAAGUUCAGAACUACUUACAAUGCCAUGAUGAAGAAGUCGCCUAGUCAGAUCUUUCAGGGCCACAACAUCAGCAAUGCUUUAGCCACAGUCCCCAUGCCCGGCAAUCUGAUAGACUUCCAGGAUGUGUUCAAGUACCCAUUCAAUGAGCUGCUGGUCUGGGCUGUGCUGAUGAAGAGGCAGAAGAUGGCCAUGUGUAUGUGGCAGCAUGGAGAGGAGGCCAUGGCUAAAGCACUGGUGGCUCUGAAGAUCUACAAGACCAUGACGCGGGAGGCCGAACAGGAUGACCUGGAGGUGGAGAUAUUUGAGGAGUUACGGACUUAUUCAAAGGAAUUUCAGAACAUAACAAUGGAGCUCCUGGAGGUGUGCUACAAGACGGACGCAGAUGCCACCAAGCAGUUACUGACUUACGAACUGAAGAACUGGAGUAACCAGACCUGCCUGAGCCUGGCUGUGUCAGCCGUUCACAGGGAGUUCCUGGCCCACCCCUGCUGCCAGAUGCUGCUCACUGAUAUGUGGAUGGGAGGAUUGAAUAUGAGGAAGUACACAGUGUUGAAGGUAUUGAUGGGCAUUUUGAUUCCCCCUCUUCUGCUUGCCCUGGAGUAUAAAAGUAAGGAGGAGCUGCAAUUAAUGCCACAGACAGUGGAGGAGCACAUUGGGGAAAUCGAGGACUCUGACACAGAGUCCAAUGUCAGCCGCAGGUCAUCAUAUGGUGAGCAGGACAUUGAGAUGGAAAUGAUCAAUGCCAGUCAAGGACAAAACACAGAAAGGACAGCAGAUGCCACAGAGGCUACCUCCCCUGUCAACAGUCCGGUCAGCCCCCCUGUGAACUCUAAUGGUCCUUUGUUAGACCAGAGUGCCUUGACAGUCCAUAGAGUAACAGAUUUCAUGAAGAAAAAGAGCCCAUUGAGAGUGGGGAAGAAAGUGUACGAGUUUUAUGCUGCUCCUAUCACCAAGUUUUGGCUGCAUACGAUGGCCUAUGUCAUUUUCCUAGCUUCAUUCAAUUAUGUUGUUCUGGUUAAAACUCCACCAAAGCCUUCGUGGGUAGAGAUUUAUGUCAUGGCUUACAUCUUUACUUUAGCCAUUGAUAAAGCAAGAGAGAUUAUAGCAUCGGAGCCAGUAAAAGCGUUGCAGAAAUUUUCAGUCUUCUUUGGAGACUUUUGGAACAUCCUAGAUGUCAUUGCCAUCAUCCUGUAUAUAAUUGGUGCUGUGCUGCGCAAUAUGGAAUCCUACAUUCAAGAUGGCCAUGUGGUGUUCAGUGUGGACAUCAUAUUUUGGUAUAUAAGAAUUCUAGACAUCUUCAGUGUUAGCAAGCACUUGGGUCCUUAUGUUAUGAUGGUGGGCAAAAUGGUUGUGGACAUGAUCAACUUUAUUGUGAUAUUGCUGAUAGUGCUCAUGAGCUUUGGUGUGUGUCGCCAAGCUAUCAAGUUUCCCAACGAGGAACCAAAUUGGAAUAUUCUUAAGGAAGUAUUUCUGGAACCUUACUUCAUGUUGUAUGGUGAAGUGUAUGCUGAUAAGAUUGAUCCUGAUUGCGGUGGCAGUAAUGAGGAACCCUGUAUACACGGACACUGGGUCUUCCCAGCUAUCAUGUCCAUCUUUCUCCUGGUUGCCAAUAUACUGCUCCUUAACCUGCUUAUUGCGGUAUUUAAUUCAACAUUCAACCGAGUAAAUGCCAAUUCUCGUCAGAUCUGGAAAUUCCUGCGCUACACCCUGGUGAUAGAGAAUGAACAGAAACCUUUGCUGCCUCCUCCAUUCAUUGUUUUAAGCCAUGUAUAUCUCAUUGUCAAAUAUGUCAUCAGGAGGUGCAAGGGAAAGCUGGAUAUCUAUGACAAUGGCCUCAAGCUUUUCUUGGAUGAGGAAGAUGUUGAAGUUCUCCAUGAUUUUGAGGAAGAUUGUGUGGAGGAUUUGUUCAGGCAAAAAGAGAACUUACUCCAGUCAUCCACAGAGCAGAGGAUCAGAGUGACCAAUGACAGGGUGGAGAACAUGGCCCUGAGACUGGAUGAUUUAAACCAGAAGGAGAGUGCAGUAAAAUUGUCCAUCCAGGCUGUGGACUUCAGGAUGGCCAAGAUGGAGGAAAUGCUGCUGGAGACUGCACAGAACCUUGCCAAUUUACAGCGUGCGAUGGCAGAGGUCGCCACUAGUACUCAGUCACUCAUAACUCCACCUGUUUUGAGUCAAGAAGGUGGUAACUUAAGUCCAAUGACCGAGGUCAUGGAGGAAGAGACCUCAUCACAGGGCACAGAAACACCUACCAGUGCUGAUGUCUCAUUCCCUGUGAAGGCCCCUGUGACCAGCACAGUUGCCGAGGCAACAUCUGAGGCAACUUUGACAACAACAACAACAGCAGCAGCAGCAACAGGGAGAGGGAAGAAAAAAUUUGGCAGACGUGUAAAAUUUGGUGGUAGCAUGAUGGGCCCAGCCCAGACAAAACCACAUUUGUUCAGGCGCCAGGCCAGUGCUCCAGCCAGUGUGGUAUAUGCAAGGCCCUACUACAACAAAUCUGCAUCCUCUUUCCAUGAAGCUCCAACCAUUGAUCCCAAAUAUGCACAUACCUCUUUACUUCAACGUAGACAUGUCAAAGCUCUGCAGAAGAUUUCAGUCCCAAAGUCUUCAGCAAGGAAGGAAGAUAAUAGUAGUAAUAACAGUGCGCUUCUCAGACAGUCAGCCAUGGAAGAAUUUGUCAGGAAUGCCUCCAGAAUGACCCAAGGUUCUAUUCAAGAGCCCCCUCUUUUCACUUCAGCUUCACUGAAACCCAGCCUGACUCCUUCUUAUCAGCAAGGUCUUGGUGUUAGUGGUGAAUUCUCUUCACCAAAGAAGGCUCCAUCCAAAGGAGAUGAACAGGAACAUCCACAAUCCAUUCCAUCUAGUAGUGCAGCACAUGGUCCCAACACCUCAGCAUAUCCCAUCACUGUCCCAGCUUAUUCCACUAGCAUCCCAGGUUAUCCCGCUAGUGGCGUGCCAUAUCCUACCAGUGUCCCCGCAUCAGAAUAUUAUGUGCCAUACUCUUCGCCAUACUCUGCUGUCGGUGGCACUUUCUUUACCCCUGCCCCAACUACCAUGAUUCCAGCCUUCACCCCCUUCCUGUCUCAGCACAGGGCAGAGUACACCAGUAUUACUGAUGACAUCGACACCUCAUAUGUCCAGCAAGGUAGUCCAGAGAGCAUUCCAGGGACACCACACUUCUCCAUGAGCUCAUACGACUCUCAGGAUGAACUGAGGGAGGCGAAGGGUGGGAGCCCUGAGAAGGACGCCAUCAUCGUAGAGGCGAAGGUGUUGAAACACGCUGAAGAGAGUGAACAUGAAAUCAUGGAGCCUGUGAUACGCUGUCGAAUACGGCAAAUCUCUAUCUCUGAGAACGAAGGUCUGAGUGACUCUCUACUGAGCGAGCUGGAGUUAGUACAUAAAGAGUUGAUACCAGCACAGGCCAAGAACUCGUCUGAUGAGGACAGUGGGAAGGAGAUGGAGGAGGAUGGCAGUGACGAGACGGUUAAUGAAGGUGACCAUGGAAAUAGUGAGGUGGAAAUGGACAGUCAGUUAGAUCUCCAAGUAGGAGAUGUAAAUAUUGUAACGAGUAAUAAUCAGGUGCAGAUUGACAUUUCUUCAACAUCAAAUGGUGUAGAUGAUAGCCAUGUGAAUGAGAAGGUAUGCUAGGAGAGGGAAGUAGUGACAAAAUUAAUAGUGAUUUUUUUAUCAUUUUAGAAAUGGUACAAUAUUUAUUACAUACUGUGUAUGGUAAACUGAAGUGAUAGACUGAUUGAAUAUAUUGAAUAUGCAGUGAAGCAUAAUUUUGAAUAUGAUCUAGCUGACAAGUGCCAUAAUGGAUUUUGCUUGAUCUAAAUAGUUCAGUUUUUGUGCUUGUGUAUAAAGGUGGUGGGGGGGGGGGAGGAUUUCAAAUCUGACCCAUUUUUCAAAUUUCAGGUAGAAAAAUGGAAUUGUUACUGUCACUAUUAAUUAUUUUAAAUAUAUUUACUCUUUUUUGUAACAUCUCUGCAGUGCUGCUUUUUAUUAACCUCAGGUACCUGUGCAUUUUCAGUAUGACAUAUGCUCAAAUAUAGGGUCCCACUUACAUGUACUUUGAUGUCGCUUUUGGAUUCAAUUGGUGCAUUUUCACAUACGUGCCAACCAUUGCAUUGUGGAUUAAUUUUUUGUGUUGUUAGGAUCAGAGAUCUGACAGUUAUUGCAGUUUGCAGAUUAAGCCAAGCUUAGUGCUGAAGGUGGCAGAUGAUGGGGGGAGGCAGUGCACCUCUUUCAAAAAUGUCAGGUUGUGUGUUCACAUUACAUUUUCCUUAGGUCUUUAUCUCAAUAUCCAAACAAAGAAUGGGUGUAGCUACUGUAAUAGAAUAGAAAUGACAUUUGAAGCAUGCAUUCAGUUCUGUGAUCUAAAUCAACAUCCUGAGAUCUAGUUAGGAUAUCAAAUACAUUUUGAGUGUGAAAACUGAAUCUUGUGAAUAGUUAUUUUCAAUAAAUCACUGUGUGUUUUUAAAUCACAAAGGUUAACGCAUGGGUCCAAUUCACUUUUGUGUUCAAGUUCUGCAUUCUUACAGCCAUUAUAACUAUUUAAGGCCUCCAUUCAAAAAUGAUAAGUUUUUUCACUUAUUUGUUGCUGCUUUUUCAUUUUUUUCUAGUGUACCCUUUCAAUAUAUUUCAAAGCAGUGAAAAUUGUUGUUAGCAUCAAACUUAAAGUAAAGAUCAAGUCUUUUAGAGGUGUUGCAAAAGAAAGAAAUGACCAAGUUGCUGGGGGUGUGUUAGAUAUUUAGAGUACAAAGAAAUUUAUUUCCAUGUACUUGCCUCAUGAAGAAUCUCUGUAUAUACCUUUGAAAUGGGUUACUUGGUGUGUAUUGAAUUGCCACCAUCUAUAUUAGAAAAAUGUGUUAAAAUUAGGAAUCUAGUAUGGUGGGUAAAAAUUAGGAAUCUAGUAAGAAUAUGAAAUGAUUCUCUUAAAGCAGAACGGUAUAAAUAGUAACUUUAUGCACAUGAUUGCAAUUUAUUGGAUUAAAGUUUUUUUGUUCAGUCACAGCACCUUUUAUAUGUCAAUGAAUAUAUUUUUCCAGGGAUACAAGACUCCAUGAUGGUCUUUGAGCAACUUUUGAGAUGAGUUAAAGUUAUUAAUAGCACAACAUCAGUUUACCUGUAUUUAAUUAUUUAUUAAUGAGCAUGGAACAAACAUACAGAAGAUGACUUUUGUAUUGUAAUUCUCGUUGAGGAAGGGUGCUAAAGCAACCCAUGUCUGAGUGUUGUUAAUUAUCUUAACACAUUUUUUCUUGUUCACUUUAUGUGUCAUAUUUAAUGGAAGAGGUGCUUGAAGAAAUUAAUAAUUCAAGUUGAUCAAAAUAAUGACUAUUUAAUAUAUUAUGAAGAAUUUGUGAUAGACCGUACAAAAAGUAUUGUAAGUAAUAUUCCAUCCUGUGUUAUUCACCUAUUUCACAUAAUUGUGUAUAUAACUAAGUGACAUACAAGUUCUGUUGAAGGCUAUACAGAACUAGGUUAAAGAAUGUGCUAAAUUCAUACGCAGUACCCUGAUUUCCAUAGUUGUUCAUCCUUUAUCUUCCAUGCCUGAUAUGGGACAUGGUGAACCAACAAGCCACUCUUCUUCAGUGCAUC